AUGGACCCCGUCAAGGCCACGCUUCGCGCGUUGUGCGUGGCCGCCCUGGGCACGAUGGUCGAAGCGCGAUCCGAGUUACCAUUGUCGUCGACCGACCCCCAAGCAAACCUCAAGGAAGAUACCGAAGUGACUUUCGAUCCUCUCGGUGUCGCCGCUGUGCUCCAUAACCCGCGUGCCAAUAACAGCGCCGCCAUGCUUUAUACCCAGUCGGAUCGCGGCAUUUUCACGUGGCCGCAUACCAUGAUGAUCGGAGGCACAUUACCGGCGAUGAAAAUGCUCGUCGACCACCUGACGGAGGAAAUGAAAUCCAUACAUCCCGCCAUCACCAUGUGCACGCAAGUCACAACCAUGUUGACGGUUCGCUCCGACGUUUCCGGCUCCGUGUUUCGUGAACUCCCGCUGGACUCGAGCAACGGCUGGCUGAACCACGUUGUGUCUUUCAAGGCAUCGCCCAAACCGGGUAACGAUUUUGCGGUGGUCUGCGUCGACGGUAUUCGCGAGAGGGUGAGUGUGCGAAGAGACAGGGUUAAGGAAACUAUAGGUCCUUUGCGCUGGUGGAUCGCCACCUUGACAUUGGAUCUGAUCAGUCUGAUCAACGGGCUCAUGAUGAUCACAGGAUUGGUCAUGGGGGUGUUGGUUGCCGACAUUUGGGCGGCAGUCUUGUUCUUUUCCUACUGGUGUCACUGGCUUGGGACAAUGCUCAUCUCGUUCCAUAGCAUGGUUCAAAAGGAAAAACCGAGCAUUAAUCCGGACGAGCGGCAAAAAUAUGCCAUUUACCAGCGAAAGGAAGGCGGAACAGUAAUCUUCAAGGGCCGACAGGACCAACUCGAAGAUUGGGCUCGGUCGACGUGGGAGUAUAAGCCGAGCUUCUUCAAGAAUUGCCUGCAUUGGAUAUGGAUAACGACGGGCACUUUGUCUGCAUUUUGCUCCGUGGCAUGUAUGGUGAAUAUGCGCAGCUAUAUGCAAUUGGGCUUUCUUGGGGUUCUGGUCUACGCUUCUCUUGCGGAGAUUCUAGCCAUCCGAAUUUCGCGCAGCUUGCAAAAGAAGGCAAAAGGCAACGACAUGAACGAGGCCUACGUUUUAGAAAGUGAAACCAGAUCCAUGGCCAUCAUCCGAGCGACACUGGAGAUAAAGCGCACUUGUCGAUUGGAAGGAUUGAACUGGAUACAACUCAAUCUCCUUCCGCCCAUGUUUGUGUUUGAAGAAAUGCAGAAGGUGCUCAAGGAUCUUGGUUCAAUGCAGAGAGAAUGGGAGGACACCAAGUUGGCGUUAGAUAAACGGAUUGCCAAAGCGCGGGAAAGAUUGGGCGUGUUCGUCGCAAAGGUGAAUAAAGAGGACGAAGAAAAGCCAGACGACCAAAAACAAGGUAAACUCGCAGAAAGAAUUGAAAAAGAAAUAGUAAAAGCGCUGGAGCGUUCAUGGGCCCACACCACCAACGCGAGCAAGUCUGACUCGGAACUUCACGUUGCCUAA